AUGGUCUACGUCAAGCGGAACUUCCUGGUCUCUUCAGCCCGCUGUGAGCUGGUUCCUACUGGAUCCAACAAAGGAACCCAGAGCCAGACAAAUGGACAAGUGUCCGUCAUGCCCAGCACUGGGCAGGUGCACUUGGCAGCAGCCUUCUGCUCUGAGGAAUCAAAGUCAAGGAAUUUCAUUGUUACCGGCCUACAGGACAUAGAUAAGUGCAGGCAGCAGCUUCACGACAUUACUGUACCUUUAGAAGUUUUUGAAUACAUAGAUCAAGGUCGAAACCCCCAACUCUACACCAAAGAGUGCCUGGAGAGGGCUUUAGCCAAAAAUGAGCAAGUUAAAGGCAAGAUUGACACAAUGAAGAAAUUUAAAAGCCUGCUGAUUCAAGAACUUUCUAAAGUGUUUCCAGAAGAUAUGGCUAAGUACCGAAGCAUCCGGGGUGAGGAUCACCCGCCUUCCUAAGCCUGCAAAGACCCCAAGUCCUUGACGGAACAGGACCAAGCCAGCAGGAGGCCAUGAUUGUCCGCACUGACGGUGCCUUCCUGCCAGUGUGGACUGGCCCUGGACCUGUCCCUACCCCUGCUGUCCCUGUCGGUAGACCUCGUGGGAUUCUGGGGCUGGACGAGAAGUGGAGCGGAGCCCCUCUGUCUCUGUAGCCCUUGACUGGUGGUCCCACAUCCUCAGAGUGAUUCCUUUCAUUCUCUCAGUGGGCAAAGGGCCCAGGGUGAAUCCUGGAAAUGUUAAGUGUGAUCAGUAAAUUAAAAGUUCAAAAAAUUCUA